AUGGAAGAUUUUUGGAAAAUGAUUUGUGACGAUUCUUCUUGCUCUUCACUUGGAGGAAACCCCUUAUGUUUCGGUUUCGAGGUUCUGAAGGAUCCUUCUUCAUGCAUCAACCAUUUGUUGAUCAUUGUCCUUGAUGUGUUGUUUCUAAUAAUGUUAACAUUUGUUAUAAUCCAAAAGACUUUGUUGAGGCCAAUUCAAGGUCAGAAUAGAAUGGAAAAGUGUUCAAAAUUGCAGCUAGUUUCUGCAAUAACCAGCUGUGGCUCUCUCGGUUUGUUGCAUUUAUGCUUUGGCAUUUGGGUUUUAGAUGAGAAUUUAAAGAAAAAUAUUACAGUUUUUCCUCUAAGUUUGUGGCUGCUAGAAUUGCUUCAAGGAUUAACAUGGAUGUUAGUUGGUUUAAGUGUGCUGAAACAACUUGCAAAAACAUGGUUGAGACCAUUUUCAAUUCUUAUGUUCUUUGUUUCUAGUAUUUUAUGUGCUUUUUCUUUAUCUUAUGCAUUUAAGAGUAAAGAAUUGUCACAUAAGGCAGCUUUAGAUGUUUUAUCUUUUUUGGGAGCAUUUUUGCUACUCUUUGGAAGUGUAUAUACCCCCUUAGAUAGUCAUGUUCAUGACAAGGACUUCAUUAGCCAUAAAAGUGUAACCCCAUUUGAAAAAGCUGGAAUCUUUAGUAGGAUGUCGUUUUGGUGGUUGAAUCCACUCAUGAAAACAAGUCAAGAGAAAACACUUCAGGACGAGGACAUCCCAAAAUUACGGGAAGAAGAUAGAGUAAAAGUAUGUUAUUCGUUAUUUAUAGAUCAAUUGAAUAGACAAAAGCAGAAGGGCUCGUCAUCACGAUCAUCAAUUUUGUUGACAAUAGUUUUAUGCCAUAGGAGAGAGAUUUUGAUAUCAGGGUUCCUUGCAUUUCUUAAGGUACUCACUCUCUCUUCUUGUCCAGUACUUUUGAAUGCCUUUAUAUUGGUGGUCGAGGGUGAUAAAAGUUCCAAAAAUAAAGGUUACUUGUUAGCCAUCUCAAUUUUGUUUAUAAAGAUUUUAGAAUCUCUAUUUCAAAGGCAAUGGUAUUUUCGGUCUAGACUUAUUGGUAUGAAAGUUAGGUCCUUAGUUACUGCACUCAUUUAUAAAAAACAAUUGAGGUUAUCCAAUGCUACUAAAUUGAUUCACUCUAGUGGUGAGAUAAUGAAUUAUGUGAAUGUCGAUGCCUAUAGAAUUGGAGAACUUCCAUUUUGGUUUCACCAAACAUGGACGACUGUCCUCCAACUAUCCAUCGCCUUAGUAAUUCUUUUUCAUGUUAUUGGACUAGCAACAAUUGCAUCAUUGGUGGUGAUUGUUUUGACCGUGCUUUUAAAUUCUCCACUAGCAAAGUUACAACAUAGGUUUUUAAGCAACCUUAUGUUGGCUCAAGAUGAAAGGUUGAAGGCAAGUUCUGAGGCUCUAGUGAAUGUUAAAGUGUUGAAGUUAUAUGCAUGGGAAAUCCAUUUUAAAAAUGUUAUUGAAAGCCUAAGAAUUGUUGAGCUAAAAUGGCUAUCUUCAGUGCUAUUACAAAAGGCAUAUAGUCUUAUUCUCUUUUGGUUUUCACCUAUUUUGGUCUCUACUGCCACCUUCAUGGCUUGUUACUUCAUGAAAGUUCCUUUACAUGCAAAUAAUGUUUUUACAUUUAUUGCAACUAUGUUCCUUGUGCAAGAACCUAUUUCAACCACCGGAGAUGUUAUUGGAGUGAUCAUUCAAGCACAUGUUUCCUUUUCUCGGGUUGUGAAGUUUCUCGAGGCUCCUGAGCUACAUACUACAAAUGUUAGAAAGAGUUGCUAUGAUGAGAAGUUAAAGGGAUCAAUUUUAAUCAAGUCUGCGAACUUUUCAUGGGAAGAUGAUUUAUCGAAGCCGACAAUAGCAGACAUAAAUUUAAAGGUUAGUGAUGGGCAAAAAAUAGCUAUAUGUGGAGAAGUUGGCUCAGGAAAAUCAACUUUACUGGCAGCAAUUCUCGGAGAAGUACCAAAUACAAAGGGGAAAAUCGAAGUAUAUGGAAAGUUGGCAUAUGUUUCUCAAACAUCAUGGAUACAAAAAGGAACAAUACAGGAAAAUAUUUUGUUUGGAUCAUCUUUGGAUGUUCAAAGGUAUCAAGAAUCAAUUCGUAGGUCUUCACUAAUGAAGGACCUUGAGUUGUUUCCAUAUGGUGAUCUAACUGAGAUAGGAGAGAGAGGUAUUAAUCUAAGUGGGGGCCAGAAACAACGAAUUCAACUUGCUAGAGCUCUUUAUCAGAAUGCUGAUGUAUAUAUCUUGGAUGAUCCUUUUAGUGCUGUGGAUGCGGACACUGCAAAAAAAUUGUUCAAUGAAUACAUAUUGGAAGGACUUGCUAGAAAGACGGUUAUUCUCGUGACUCAUCAAGUUGACUAUCUCCCCACAUUUGAUUAUAUUAUGUUGAUGUUAGGUGGGAAAAUCCAACAAGCUGCUACUUAUCAUGAUCUACUAACCUUUAGCCAAGAAUUUAAGAACCUUGUUAAUGCACACAAAAAGGCAGGUGGCUCUUACCAUCUUGCAAAUGUUACUUUAUCCCCAAUACAUUCAAAGUCUAGAAUGGAGAUGAAGCAAUAUUUCACAGAGACGAGGCUUAAUAUUAUAAGCAGUGAUAAACUUAUUAAUGAAGAAGAGAGAGAAAUGGGAGACAUGGGAUUGAAGCCUUACAUACAAUAUCUCAACCAGAAAAAAGGCUACAUAUACUUCUUUAUCAGUUCACUUUCCCACUUAAUGUUUAUAAUUUGUCAAAUACUUCAAAACUCAUGGAUGGCUACUAGUGUUGAUAAUCCUCAAAUCAACACAUUGCGAUUGAUUACAAUUUAUUUGUUGAUUGGAACUACUUCUACAAUUUUUGUUAUAAUGAGGUGUUUAUUUGUAGCAGCUUUAGGUUUUCAAUCAUCAAAAAAUUUAUUUAGACAAUUAAUAAAUUCUCUUUUUUGCGCAUCAAUGUCUUUCUAUGAUACCACGCCAUUGGGAAGGAUACUAAGUAGGGUCUCAUCAGAUAUGAGCAUUGUGGAUCUUGAUGUCGGUUUUAACCUCACAUAUUAUGUAGCAUCCACUAUAAAUUAUUGCGCAAGCCUAAUAGUUUUAACAUCUAUUGCUUGGCAAGUCUUGUUUUUGUGUAUACCAAUGGCUUAUGUUACUAUUCGUUUACAGAGACACUACUAUGCAUGUGCAAAAGAACUUAUGCGGAUGAGCGGCACAACAAAAUCCUCUAUAGCUAAUCACGUAGUUGAUUCUGUUGUUGGAGCUUGGACGAUAAGGGCUUUUGAGGAAGAAGAUCGUUUUUUUAACAAGAAUCUUGAUUUAAUUGAUGUCAAUGCUGGUGUUUACUUCCACAAUUUUGCUUCAAAUGAGUGGUUGAUCCAACGGUUAGAAGUAAUCUAUGCAGUUGUUCUUGCAUCUGCGACACUUUGCAUUGCGAUGCUUCCUAUAGGGACUUUUACAUCUGGUUUUAUUGGUAUGGUCCUUUCUUAUGGUCUUUCAUUAAACAAAGACGUAGUAUAUUUAGCUCAAUACCAAUGCAUUAUAGAAAAUUAUAUAGUAUCCGUAGAGAGGAUAAGUCAAUACACUCACAUACAAAGUGAUGCUCAAGAAGUAAUUGAAGGAAAUCAUCCUCCGCUUAAUUGGCCAAGUACGGGAAAAGUAGAAAUAAAAGACUUGAAGAUACAAUACAAGCCUAAUGGACCUUUUGUACUACAUGGUAUCACAUGUACAUUUGAAGGAGGGCACAAGAUUGGAAUUGUUGGUAGAACAGGUAGUGGAAAAUCAACUCUUAUAGGUGCUUUGUUUCGUCUUAUGGAGCCGACAAGAGGAGAAAUUUUAGUUGAUGGAAUAAACAUAUCAUCUAUUGGCCUUCAUUACUUGAGGUCAAGUUUUGGUAUUAUACCUCAAGAUCCUACCUUAUUCAUUGGGACACUUAGAUAUAACUUGGAUCCCUUAUCUCAACAUUCCGAUCAAGAAAUAUGGGAGGUUCUUCGAAAAUGCCAACUACAAGAGGUUGUCAAAGAUAAAGGUGGCUUAGAUUCCUCAGUUGUUGAAAAUGGAACAAACUGGAGCAUUGGACAAAGACAACUUUUUUCUUUGGGGCGUGCUCUUUUAAAGAGAAGUAGGAUAUUGGUAUUAGAUGAAGCAACUGCAUCAAUUGAUAACGCAACUGAUUUGAUUCUUCAAAAUACCAUUAAGAAAGAGUUUGUUGGUUGUACAGUCAUAACAGUAGCACACAAGAUACCAACUGUGAUGGAUUGCGAUAUGAUUCUUUCCAUGAGUGAUGGAAAAUUGGCUGAGUAUGAUGAACCGUUGAAGUUGAUGAAAAGAGAAGGAUCGUUAUUUGGAAACCUUGUAAGGGAAUACUGGUCUCAUUUUUAG